AAGCUCAUGAAAAAGUCAGAAAACUCAUUCAAUAAUUCCACUUCACUAGAUGAGAAUGAGAAUGGGAGAAAGAAAGUGCUUUCUCAAAAUCACUUAAUUGGAUUAUUACUUAAAUUCAUAGUAACAUAAUAUCUUCCUUAAUUCCCCCAAUUACUCCACUCCCUCGCACUCCCUCUCUCUCUCUCUCUUUCGCUGUCUCAGCAACGUUUCUCUGAUCGCCGGAACCAUCUCCGGCGGCCGCAGCUCCGGCCACCGCACCCAUCAUCCACCACUCUGAUCCAAAACCCGCCGCAGGCCAAGCAUUCAUGGACUAGCAAGAAGAUCUUGCCACCACCUUGCUGCUGCUGCUGCUUCAAUCUUCCACAACCCACUUCCCAAUUCAUCACCUUAGGGUUAGGGUUCGCAGAAAAUGUUCAAGAGAAUAAUGAAAGGAGGAGGAGGGCAGAAGAAGCCCUCAAAAUCCGACCCCACCGAUCAAUCCGCCUACGGGUACGGUCCCCCGGCGGCGGUGGAGGUUCCACCGCCGUCGGGAACCAUCGAGCCGCUCCCCCUCUUCCGCGACGUUCCGGUUUCCGAGAGGCAGAACCUCUUCCUGCGGAAACUGCAAGUCUGCUGCCACCUGCUGGACUUCUCCGACACGCUGAAAUCGGUCCGGGAGAAGGAAAUCAAACGGCAGUCGCUGAUGGAGUUGGUGGAUUUCAUCCAGUCCGGUUCCGGCAAGAUAACGGAGACUUGCCAGGAAGAGAUGAUCAGAAUGGUGUCAGUCAACAUUUUCCGGUGCUUGCCGCCGGCGUCUCAUGAGAAUACAGGGCAGGAAGCCGGUGACCCUGAUGAGGAUGAGCCGUGUUUGGACCCGGCGUGGCCGCACUUGCAGCUAGUCUAUGAGCUUCUUCUCAGAUAUGUGGUUUCAUCUGAUACUGAUACAAAGGUAGCUAAACGGUACAUUGAUCAUUCUUUUGUGCUUAAGUUGCUUGAUUUGUUUGAUUCUGAGGAUCCGCGCGAGCGCGAGUAUUUGAAGAACAUUUUGCAUCGUGUGUAUGGGAAAUUCAUGGUUCAUAGACCGUUUAUUAGGAAGGCGAUUAACAACAUUUUUUACCGGUUUAUAUACGAGACCGAAAGGCAUAGUGGGAUUGGGGAGCUUUUGGAGAUUCUAGGGAGUAUCAUUAAUGGUUUUGCAUUGCCCAUGAAGGAGGAGCACAAGUUGUUCCUUGUGAGGGCUCUUCUGCCUCUGCAUAAGCCUAAGCCUGUAGCUUUGUACCAUCAGCAGUUGUCCUACUGCAUAUCUCAGUUUGUGGAGAAGGAUCACAAGCUCGCGGAUACUGUUAUUAGGGGCUUGUUGAAGUACUGGCCUGUCACCAAUUGCCAGAAGCAAGUUCUCUUUCUUGGAGAGCUGGAGGAGGUGCUGGAGGCCACACAGGCUGCAGAGUUCCAGCGCUGCAUGGUUCUUCUUUUUAGACAGAUUGCACGCUGCCUCAAUAGUUCUCAUUUUCAGCCUCCACGAAUCGUAAGAACCAAGGACGUGGCAAGUACAUGUUGGAUGUUUGACGGGAAAAAGAGGAGUGAAUCUUUCGGUCCGGUCCGGCCUUCCAGUUACGAAGUGGAUUGCUCCACUGCAGGAUUGGCAGCAGGUUGACCUCCUGCUGGAUCCUGCACGUGCAAGGUAUACCCACCCGAGCCAUUCUUCUUCCACUCACUCUCAUAAUGAAAAAAGACAUUUGGGCCUCAUCGAAAAAAGUAUCUGCGUGUGAUAGGUUCUUUCCGGCCGCGAGAAAAAUGCCUCCUCUAUGAAUUCUCAGUGCUCCCUAGCUCCUGAAGAAGAUUUCAGGAUCCACCUUUGGUCUUAAAUCCUGUCAACUUAAAAUAAAAACAAGAGAAAUAACUAAACAGGCUCUCAGAAUGCAGAAUCCUGAAGAGAGAGAGAGGGAGAGGCAGAGGCAGAGAGAGAUAAUCAAAUCUUACCAGUCUCUUUACACCAUACCCUUUCUACCUGUUUGGAAAUGAAUGAGGAAAUUGAAAUAAGAUUACAUGUAUACAUUAUCAAGGAACCUCGAGUCAAAAUAGUAAUUUCAUUGCAUGUAUCAGGUUGAAAAUUCUUUUUCAUUAGGGUGAAAUGAUACUCUUUGCUAGACUCUGUUAAGUGUCAGUACAUUUCUUGGGAGAAGGAACUUAUUGUCUAGAAUUUAUAUGGAUGUGCUUUCAUGCCAUCUUGAUACUACACCUUGGAAGUAAUCAAUGCUACCAGAAACCAAGGAAGAACCAUGAUAUAUUUGUUAUUAAAAACUUUUAUAUAGUUCCCAACAUUGCCUUUAUUUCCUUAUUGAACUUAAGUUCAGUUAAGGUAAAGCUGAAGAUGAGUAGGGAGGACUGAAUCAGUUCUCCUGUUUAAGAGUUCAUUACCACUCAAUACCUUCCUAUUUUCCGCUUUACCAAAUGUGAUCUUGGGGUCAUUAAUGGUAGUUUGAGCUUAAGCUCAUCAGAUUUGCAAGGCUUAAUUCGCUUGAAGGUUGGCAGGGUUGACCUCAAACAUCUAAGACAUCUGGUGCUUAGGGAAAUAUGAAUUGUCUGCAUUUUCUGUGAUUAGGUUUAUCUGCUUAGUGAUAUUUAAGGUGAUAGGGACUUCUCUGCAUAACGCAUCCCUGUCCUGCUGUCAAUAUGGUCUUUAGUUUUGCAUGAUUGAUGAUUUUCUACAGGCUUUUAAUUUUUUAUUAAAAAAAUCUAGACUAGUUCUGUGAUUAUCUUUAGCAAAUCUUAUCUUUCUAGUGAAAAUCUGCAUACUAGAUUGAGAAUCCUGAUUGCUUGGAGUUCACUUUUUUUUCUUUAGUUUAGAAAUCUGGUAUUGUAUUUCAUUGAUUGAUGUGUUACGUGGAUGGGUGAAUAGGAUUAGGAAUGAGAAAAAUGGAGAGCUGGUUGGGGUAGCAUCUAUUGUGGAAAAUGGCAAUCUUGCUUAAGGAGGUUUGGGCAUGUAUAGAAAAGACCCGUAAAAACACUAAUAAAGAGGUAGAUCAAAUAAGGAUUUGGGUUGGUAUAUCAUUAGACUAUAUUAAGUCAUCCUUUGAUCCAUGUAACUGAUUCCUUUAGUGGUAAAACAUUUUGGUUGCUGCAUAUUUCAUUUAUUGAUGUGAUUAGUUUUAAAUCAUCCCUUCAAAAGUCUAAGGCUCACUAG